UUCCAAUUACGCGAGUGAACAGGUUCUGUUGCUAAACUCCACUCCAGUACGCAGCAGAUAUCUCCAGAUCAGAGUGUCUACUACUGUCAGGCAAGAUGGAGUUUCUCAUGCGCUUAUCACUCGUCGUGGCUGUUCUCUCUGCUGCAGCACACGGCCAGAACAUGUAUGGACAAAAGGUGGGGACAUUUGUCCAGGUAGGGAGCACAGCGGUUGGAGGAGAGGUAUUCACGGCAGGAGACAGGAUGCUGUGGAUACGCAAGGUUUUCCUAGAUGAGCCGACAUGCCGACGAGUCGUGUUCUUGGUGGGACGGAGAGAUCUUUCGGGAGAAACUCCAAAUGAUGCGGGAAAGAUGGCCAGAGAUAAGCGCAACAGAGUCAUCACGCUUGAUAACUCCGACAACGCACGCUACACUGCGAAAGUUUCCUUUGAUUUAGAGACCGUCGCAUGGCUCUCUAUAUGGUGCGCUACAACAAGCACAAGCAUUGGUGAGAUGUAUUUUGGAGAUGACAUCGUGACGCCAACCCCGCUGGUUCUGCCGACGCAGCUGCGUGGCGCUCACGGCGUCGAUAGCACCGGCGUCGUCAUCGUCGAUCACCAGACGAUCAGGAUCGAAAACCUAGCUUACGAUGGUGCAGGCCCAGGUACCUGGUUUAUCUCGGACACCCAAAGACCUGUGGCAUACCGACCAGCCACUACCGUUAAGCUGACGAACCAAGCCAACACUUUCAACUACGAAACUCUCCCGGCGUACGACGGAAGCAAUGACGUCACCAUCCACAUGCCUGACGAUGCGUCAGUGUUCGACACGGUGUGGCUCAGUAUGUAUUGUCUUCAAGUCAAGUUCAACUUUGCUGACGUUAUUCUGCUGACCCCGAAGUAAGCCGAUCGUGCGCGCAACUAGUUCUACCCUAGUCCAAUAAGCUGCGCCCUUAUAAUUUUUGCAUAAUCUGACGCUAUCCGAUCGCCUAGAUUAGUGCCAGAUUAUAGAAAACUCCAAGGCACAAUUUAUUGGUGCAAAAUUAUUUAUCUACCGGAGUAGCGUAUCGCUCCUUUGUCGAAGCGAUGGGCUACACAGGCAGGGCUACCGGACUACCCUUUGUCGCGUAUUUUCUCGGCCUGAAUCAAAUGGCAGCGAUUUAUACGUGUGUGGUUUAGGUACGGGGCGCCAUGCAGGACAGGGCUCAAUUUUGUCUAACAAAACUCAAUUCUGUCCCACAAAACUCAAUUUUGU